AUGUAUCAAUCCAAAAAAUCUCUCAGUUUCAGCCAAAUCGUUUUCGUUCUCGCAUUUUUGAUCGGACUCGUGUCCCAAGUUUCAGCUCAUGGUAUUUUUCUUGCUCCACCGAUGAGACUCGCACAUGAGAAAGACAAUGCCAAAAAAAUCAUGCUGGCCAACAACCCAACUACGGAGAUGCCAUGCGGUGCUGGUGGUAACGGAACUGGUCCAGUCACAACAUACAUGCCUGGUGAAGAAAUGUUAAUCGCAUAUAAUGUCACCAUUCCUCACCCUGGACCUUGUAAAAUUGAAUUUUCCAAGAAAGAUGAUAAACACUUCAUGCCUAUCAUGGAAUUAGGCGAAUGUGGUGCACAGACUGGUCUAGUAACCUCAUUUGUUACUUUACCACACGAGCCCUGUGAAGAAUGUACAAUCAGAUUCAGUUGGAAUGAUGACCUUGGAAACUGGUAUUUGAAUUGCGCCAAUAUCCAAAUUGUAGAUCCUAUGCCCAUGCACAAACGAAGACGCAGCUCAACGAGAAAAUCAAGAAGAAAUAAUUAA